AUGUAUAUUGAGGAACUGAAGGAGGAAGGAGAGUUACAGACUCUUGAGAAGAUUAGAAGGCCUUUAUAUGAAAAGCAUCCCAUGAGCAAAUUUACAUGGACAAUAGCUGAAGACACUGAUACUAUGGAAUGGUACAACAUCUGCCAAGAUGCCCUAAGAAAAGUCAAUGAAUCGUAUCAAGGAAAAGAGACUGCUGACAUCAUUCAAAACAAAGUUUUGCAGGCUCGAGAGGAGGAUGAGGAGAUUGAAUUCAAUUGUGCUAAUUACCAGCUUGAAAUAAUGAGAUGCUUGAGAGAACUCAAUGUUAACAACACUAUUGGAUGGAUUGGAACAUCAAAUAUUGGAGGCUGGAGCAGAUAUUUGGGUUACUUCAUCUUACCAGAUUGGCUCUGCUAUUGGUGGUACUUAUUUUAGCUCAUGAAUUGGAGGUAGUAGAGGAUGCAGAAUGCAAGUUUAUUUGAAGCCAAGUUUCAUUCAAGGUCAUUGAGUUCGGUUGAUAGAAGUAAUGUUUUGUAUAUGACAAUAUCGA